AUGGGGCGCCGAGACUGGAAGGGCCUCAUCAAAAUCCUCAGCUACGAGAACAAGGGGCUCGGCGAAUCGUUCAUGCGCUACCUCAUGCGACAGGCAGAAUUGCAGGGAAAACCGAUUAGGAGCGAGAAUGCCAUCCGCGUGCACACGAGGAAGCUGGGCGGCUUGUACAGGAAGUACAACGCUCACCCGCCGGAGAGGUCGCUCAUGGAUCACCUUCGGAACGUCAUCCGUUCUGAGAUUACGCGCAAGUGGGCGCUGAGGCGCGAACCGAAGAUCAAGCCUAUCAUGGGCCCCGACUUCUUCAUGUAUCACCUCUACUUCCUCUGGGUGCGCGACACCUCGGCGUUCCACAUCGGGCUCGACCGGAUCGACAAUGCGUGCCUUCGGAUGUUCUACAUGUGGACCGGCUGUCGAAAACACGAGCUGAUCUACGCGAAGCCGACAGACCUACCGGCAAAAGUGAAGGAGUAUGACGAGGAAUCGGAUGCCUACGCAGACGUAGAAUGCAGCACAGACAAGUACAUCAAGCCACGCUAUAUCUUCAUCGAGGAGGCAAUCCAUGCCCUCUGUCCUAUAACCCAUAUCCUGGCCAAGGCGCUGGCCAACGGCGUCAUUGCGAACGAGGGGUACCAGACCAGGGCCGAGACAUUCUUUACCACCAAGCUCAACAAACGCGCCCUAAAGAUUCGGUGGAAGAAGGAGUGGCUGCAUAAACCGGUGUUCCGCAAGACAGAAUUGAGAAAGAGCGUAGAAAAGAAAUUGGAGAUGGAAAUCCGGCCUGCCACUCAGCGCAAUGCUUUAUUUAGCGAGGAGGUUUAG